CUUGAGACAGUGCAGUGCAGAGGAAAGGAGGAGACUUGGUGAGAUCAGAUAUUCAUGUGGGAAUGAGGGCCGGAGGAACGUGGAGUUUAUUAUGAGAUGCGUGCGAAGGAGAACAGCAUGAUGGUUGCAGCGUGUUCUGGGGAGAAGAGGCGAAGGACGGGCCAUAGGAGUGAUCUCUCUCAGCCCACAUCUGACAAAAAAGAUGAAGACGGUACUUCCAUGACCUCCUUUGGUAUCACCGUCCGAGGCCUCCCCCUGGCCUUGGCAUCCAUGACUCAAGCCGCCACCUCUGACUCGCGCUUCCACCCAAAAUGGCGGGCGAUCACCGUGGCGACGCUGCUCGCUUUGGUGCUAAUGUUGUAUCUGCACCGGACAGUGGGGGACAGAGACACUCCAACCAAAGGUUACUACCGCAACAGGGUUCACAGUUUUCAAGUGCACAGUGAGGGCGAGGAGGACGCCUUCAGGAACGCUAACAGAGAAGCUGCACAAAGCCUCGCUCUCCGCCACAAACAGGAAAAACCUUACAAUGACACGUACCCGCUGAGUCCACCUGAGAAGACACUGCAUGGCAUCCGCUACCGUAUAGGCGUCAUUGCAGACCUGGACACAGCAUCGAGGAGCUCCAAGGAUCAGACGUGGUUCAGCUACAUGAAAAGAGGAUACCUGACUGUUUCAGAUAGCGCUGACAGACUGGAGGUGGAAUGGGACGCUGAGACCGUCACCCUGGAGAGUCAUCUGGCAGAGAAAGGACGAGGUAUGGAGCUGUCCGAGCUGGUGGCCUUCAACGGUCACCUGUACAGCGUGGACGACCGUACAGGUGUGGUGUACAGGAUCGAGGGAAGCCAGGCCGUCCCCUGGGUUAUACUGCCUGAUGGUGAUGGCUCUGUCUCCAAAGGGUUCAAGGCAGAGUGGCUGGCAGUGAAGGAUGAGCAGCUGUUUGUGGGCGGUCUGGGGAAAGAGUGGACCACCUCCUCUGGGGAAGUGGUCAACAACAAUCCAGAGUGGGUGAAAAUUGUUGGCUACAAUGGUGACGUGGAGCAUGAAAACUGGGUGCCUCACUACAACGCCCUACGGAGCGCAGCAGGGAUCCAACCACCAGGCUACCUUAUCCAUGAAUCAGCGGCUUGGAGCGAGCGUCUCCAGCGCUGGUUCUUCCUCCCUCGCCGUGCCAGUCACAAGCACUACGAUGAGACUGCAGACGAGCGUCGAGCCACCAACCUCUUGCUGUCCUGCCCCGCCGACUUCAGCCACAUAACCGUAGGGCAUGUCGGGCCGCUCAACCCAACUCACGGUUUCUCCUCGUUUAAAUUUGUUCCCGACACGGACGAUCAGAUCAUCCUGGCCUUAAAAUCAGAGGAGGACGCCGGCCGGAUCGCCACCUACAUCAUAGCAUUUACACUAGACGGCCGAGUGCUGAUGCCCGAGACAAAGAUAGGAGAUGUGAAGUACGAAGGGCUGGAGUUUAUCUGAAAGCAGCAGCUAGCAGAUUAAGAGAGAAUUCCAUUCCCUUCUGGUUUUAAUCUGAGAAGCACAAGACAAGCGUCAAAAAGUACAGACCUGCAGAUUGAGGAGGUCAAGCUGUCACCAGUCGGCCUGCAGCAGAUAAGAUUUUUAAUGUUUUGAAGUAACUGCUUCAUAUCAGCUCUGCUAAGGGUUCAUUUUAUUUAAACCUUGAGUUUAACAACCUAGAUUAAAUUCAUAUUCUGGUGAAAGAGGUUUGUAAACUAGAAGUCAUCAGUCUGUCAAACACGAGGAAAAGUGAGUUUCUUUUUCUGCAAGGACUCCAAACUCUGCUGGUCAGACACUCAGGGGACAAGGUAAAAGAGCAUUUUAAGAUAGGAAUGAAUGGUCAUACAUUACUUGAACUGUUACACUUUCUCAUCGCGUUACGUUUUAAUUUACCUGUUUGGAAACACUGAACUUUCUCUCAUCUUCAUGUGGCAUUUAUCACCCACUCAAACUACAAGCGAUGUUUUUUUUUCUGGUUCAGAUUACAUUUGUUGAUAAACUGAAUUACAGAACACCAGCUGUUUUAUUUAAAGAUUAACCAUUAAUAUAUUCCCUUUUUAUCCUGUAAAAAAGAAUAAAGUUUCUUAUCUUCUUUAAA